GUAAAGAUUUUUUAAAUGGACAACUCGCCAUAUUCAAAGACUAGUUAUGGUCAAGCAGCAGCAGAAGGCUCAAAUUGGGCAGAGGGUCAACAGAAAAAUGCUUAUGCUAGACUGGUGCAGCAGCAUCACAGUGGACGUUUUAAAUUCUACUUAAACUACAUAGCACAAAAACUGCAACAGGAAGAAUGUGCUCAUGGAGAUCCUGUUUGUGACAAAGAUUCGGCUUUUGUGGGUGCCAUAAAAGAUGGUCAAGGGAAAAAUGGAAUGAGUGCAUGUGGUUCAAGGCCUGAGAAGGGGUCGGAACCAGGAUUCACCAGCAAAAAUCGUGUGGCAGCUAUACAAAAGCACCAGCAUUGCAGAGAUAGCAAUGAAGAUGAAGAUUUAGAUUUGGGAGAAAAAUGUAAUACUCGUGCCUCUCACAACCGCAGCAACCUGCCGUCUUCAAAGGGCAGUCAUGAUUAUGACUGUAAAAAACCUCGGCAUGACAAAGAAAUGUUCAAGUCUCACCAUGAUGCUAAAAGCAUUUCAAGAGAGCGACUUUCUGAAGGUGGUGAUAAGCGAGGAUUUUCAAGGGUCAGAAACCAGUCUGAAAGUGCCAGUUCACCCCCAAGCGUCGAUAGGAAGAGGCAGCUUUCAGAGUCCCUUGGUGAAAACCUAUACAACGCGCAGUUAGAAAAUCCGCCUGUACAGACUGGGACAACAAGAGGAAAUAUGGGUACAAACCGAACACCUAGCGCCACUGACAAAAAACGCAACAAAGGACGGAAGAAAAGUAUCUUUGAAGUAUACAUGGACAAGGAUGAGGUAUCUGCAGGUUUGAAGCGAGGUGAACUGAUUCAGGGUUCCCUAAGGAUUAAUCCCAAGAAAUUUCAUGAAGCGUUCCUGCCAUCACCGGAUGGCCUCAGAGACCUAUUUAUUGAUGGAGUAGUUUCCAGGAACAGAGCGCUGAAUGGUGAUGUGGUGGUUGUGAAGCUGCUCCCUAAAGACAAAUGGAAGGUAAUAAAACCAGAGGUUUGUGAAGGUAUACCUGUUACAACAGCUACAACUUCGCAUAAUGACACCGGUGGUGCUGGGAGUCCAGAUCUCAUUAUAGAAGCACAGUUUGACAGUGGUCCAGAGGAUGAUGACUGCAAUAGACUGGCCAGUAAAUUGAAGGAUCUUUCAACUGUAAAAGAUGUUAAAGCUAAAACUGGAGAUAAGAAAGCAUCCCGUAAUCAAACAAACUUCAAUACCCCGAUAGAUGAUUGCCUUCAGAAGACUGCAAAGGUGGUUUAUAUUGUAGAGAAAAAACAUUCAAGAGCAGCCACAGGCUUUAUUAAACUUAUGACUGAUAAGAAUGGGGAUCUUGCCAGGAAGUAUGCUUUAUUUUCACCUAUGGACCACAGACUUCCACGUAUAUAUGUGCCCCUUGCUGACUGCCCUGCAGACUUUGUCAUCAGAUCACAAGAUUAUGUCAGUACCCUUUUCAUUUGCCGUAUAACUGCUUGGAGAGAGGACAGCAACUUUGCUGAAGGGACACUAAUGAAAAGCCUUGGACAGGCAGGAGAAAUUGAACCAGAGACUGAGGGAAUAUUAACCGAAUAUGGGGUGGAUUUCUCAGAAUUCCCCAAAAAGGUACUACAGUGCUUGCCACAGAACUUGCCAUGGACUAUUCCUCAGGAGGAGUUUAAAAGAAGAAGAGAUCUGAGGAAUGAAUGCAUAUUUACCAUUGAUCCAGCCACAGCCAGAGACCUGGAUGAUGCUUUAUCUUGCAAACUGCUACCAGAUGGUAACUUUGAGGUGGGAGUUCACAUUGCAGAUGUGAGUUUCUUUGUCCAGGAAGGUAGCACUCUUGAUUUUGUGGCUAGCGAUCGAGCUACCAGUGUAUAUCUUGUGCAGAAGGUAAUUCCUAUGUUGCCAAGGUUACUUUGCGAAGAACUUUGCAGCCUUAACCCGAUGGCAGACAGACUUACCUUUUCUGUCAUAUGGAAAAUCACUCCUCAAGGAAAGAUCCUGGAAGAGUGGUUUGGCCGAACUAUUAUCUGUUCCUGUGUAAAGCUAAGCUACGACCAUGCACAAAGCAUGAUUGAGAAUCCAAACAAGCUGAUCAGCACUGAGGAGCUUCCUCCAGUUUCAUCCAGGCACACCGUUGAUGAAAUCCACAAUGCGGUGCUCAAUCUCCACAAUAUUGCACAAAACUUGCGCAAGCAUCGAUUUGAAGAAGGAGCUUUGAGGCUGGACCAGUUGAAACUUUCAUUCACUCUGAAUCAGGAAAGUGGAAUGCCUCAAGGAUGCUACAUUUACCAUUACAGAGACAGUAACAAGCUGGUUGAAGAGUUCAUGCUUCUUGCAAACAUGGCAGUUGCACAUAAAAUCUACCAUAAUUUUCCAGCAGAGGCAUUGCUUCGCCGUCACCCAGCUCCACAGACUAAGUUGCUAAAUGACUUGAUACAAUUUUGUGACCAAAUGGGACUUCAGCUGGACUUUACGGAUUCAGGGACUUUACACAAAAGCUUAAAUAAACAAUUUGGGACUGAUGAGUACUCUGCUGCACGGAAGGAAGUCCUCACCAACAUGUGCUCCAAGCCGAUGCAGAUGGCAGUAUAUUUCUGUACUGGAGCCCUUAGGGAUGAGAGCCUUUUCCAUCAUUAUGCACUCAAUGUCCCUCUAUACACUCAUUUCACUUCUCCUAUAAGACGCUUUGCUGACAUUAUUGUUCAUCGUCUCCUUGCAUCGUCUCUUGGCUGUGGUCCAAAGCUAAAAUUGCCACAGGAAGCUAUCCAGAAGCAAGCAGACAAUUGUAAUGAUAGAAAGACUGCAUCCAAAAGAGUGCAGGAACUUAGUGCUGAGCUAUUCUUCUCGGUGUUUGUAAAGGAAAGUGGCCCCUUGGAGUCAGAGGCAAUGGUCAUGGGGGUGUUGAAUGAGGCCUUUGAUGUUUUGGUGCUGAGAUACGGUGUCCAGAAGCGGAUCUAUUGUAAUGCCCUGCCUCUAGCAAGCUCUAAUUUCCAGCAAGUGGGUAAGAAGCCUGAGCUGACUUUAUUGUGGAAACCGGAAAAAGAUGGAGAUGAGCCAGUGCCACAGGUAAUUAGCAUCUUUACUUUGGUGGAGGUGGUUUUGAAGUCAGAAAAUGUACCUUUGAAGUAUACAGCGGUUUUGAAGAGACCGGGGGCCACAGACUGA